AUGCCCAGUGACCUUGAGGAUGAAUACGUUCCGUGGAUCCAACAGUUCUGUGAAUUAUUUGGCCACGAUUACUUCGUACAGGUAUCACAAGAUUUCAUUGAAGAUGACUUUAACUUGACUGGUCUCUCGCUGCAGGUUCCAUUCUAUAGAGAAGCCUUAUACACAAUACUAGACUACCAAGUCGAAACGGCUGAAGACCAUGCAAACAACACAACUACCACCAUGGCAGCAAACCCAUCCUGCAGCAAUAAUCACAAUAACAGCGCAAAUAUGAGCGCGAACAACAACAACAACAAUGAGUCUUCUCGGGGUGGUGCAUCAAUGGCAUCGAAAUCAAAAGUGUCUACCACGACUCCCGACUUGCCAAAUAAGGCUUUGUUGAUGCGUCUGGCUGAAUUGUUGUAUGGAUUAAUCCAUGCGCGCUACAUAGUCUCAAAACAAGGUCUCACGGCCAUGGCAUCGAAGUUUGAAAAGAACGAUUUUGGCUCUUGUCCUCGAUACUUUUGCGAUGGAAUGCACCUAAUACCUGUUGGAUCCACAGAUAUACCUGGUCAGGAGACUGUGCGAUUAUACUGCCCUUGUUGCAAUGACAUAUACUUGCCUUCAAGCUCGAGGUACCUAAAUAUUGACGGUGCAUACUUUGGCACAACGUUUCCGGGGCUCUUGGUAAAGAUGUUUCCCGAAAUCGAGAACCAGUGUCGGAUAAGAAUAAAUAAGUUUAGUCAGAAUGAUUUUGGAUUGAAAUUAUUCGGAUUCAAAAUCAAUGAGUUGAGCUCAACCGGACCGAGAAUGAAGUGGUUAAGGAUGCAUCCAAAGACUUUAGAGGAAAAGAAAGAAUACGAUUUUUGCGAGUAUAGUGUACCUAAGUUGGCGUUUGAUGGUGAGGAUGAUGAUGAUGAGGAGGAGGAUGACGAUGAUGAUGACGAAAUGGAAGAUGAUGAUGAUGAAGAAGAUGAAGGCCAAAAUGAUGAUGAUAAAACAAUGGCAAGCGAAUAA